AUGCCCCCGUAUCGGCUUGUUUAUGGGAAACCAUGCCAUUUCCCGGUAGAGUUGGAACACCGUGCCAUGUGGGCCAUAAAAAAUGCUAAUUUUGAAUUGAGUGAUGUAGGUACGGAAAGAAAACUCCAGCUUGUUGAAUUGGAAGAAAUUCGAAAGGAAGCUUACGAAAGCUCAAAAAUCUAUAAAGAAAAGACGAAAGCAUUUCACGAUCGACACAUUGUCCGGAAACAAUUCUUUGAAGGACAAUUGGUGUGGCUAUUUAACUCUCGUCUCAAACUCUUCCCCGGAAAGCUUCGGAGUAAAUGGAGUGGACCAUUUAUGGUGACAAAUGUGGCGGAUCACGGUGCCAUUGAAAUCAAGGACACGAAAGGCGGUGAACCAUUCAAGGUAAAUGGACAAGGACUCAAACCAUACAUUCAAAUGGUAGAUGGUGAAACGACACUCGUUGAGAAAACAACGCUCGAGGUACCUCAAUAUUCAGAUGCAAAUUAG